UAUUAUUGACCAACCCAGCAGUGGACCGUAGAACUUGCACAAAAUUACACCCAAGCCACCAAAAUAAACUUGCAAUCCAAAGUACGCACCAACACUGUCGUUCCCCAUCCUCCUCGGAUCAUUUCAUAGCCUCCAAGAACUACACGUAGCUCACAUUUCCGAUAAUAGAAUCAUCCAUAGCUUCCUCGUCGAUCGUCUUCUCUCGGGAAACACGCAUUGGCAAUACCGGCCGAUCGAUCGACAGAUCGGCACGGGGUCCGGCGAGGCGCGAUGGCGUAUCGGGUGCUGGAGGUGACGCUGAUCUCGGCCAAGGACCUGAAGAAGGUGACGGUGUUCUCCAAGAUGCGGGUGUACGCGGUGGCGUCCAUCUCCGGCGGCGACCCGCGCACGCCGACGCACCGGACGCACUCGGACCGGCACGGCGGGCGGAACCCCAUGUGGCACGCGCCGCUGCGGUUCCCAAUACCGAUCGCCGCCGACCCCCGCGGGCUCGCACUGCACGUGCUCCUCCGCUCCGAGCGCUCCUUCGGCGACCGCGACGUCGGCGAGGUGCUCGUCCCCGUCCAGGACCUUUUCGCCGCAGCGCCUCCCGCCGGCGAGCAUCGCCACCUCAGCUACCAGGUGCGACGCCCCAUGAGCGGCCGGAAGCGCGGGGUGCUCCACAUCUCCUACAGCCUCACGGACGCGCCGGCGGUAGGGCAGGGGGACGCGCGGUGCGCGCAGCAGCUGACAGCGGCGGCGACGAAGGGCGGUGUCGCGGAUGCAGUGACCGUGUACCCACCGUCGUACCAGCAGCAGGCUGUACCGCCGCCGUACGGGUACCAGCACCACUCUUACGGGUACGGCUCGUCGUACGGCUACGGCCACGCCGCCGCCGCUCCGUAUGGAUACGGCGCGCCGUCCGCCGCGCCGGCGAGGCACGACGACAGCAGCGGCGGAGGGGUGACGUCCGGGUUCGGGAUGGGGCUCCUGGGCGCGGCGGUCGGCGGGAUGAUGCUCGGCAUCGGCGAGGGCGUCGGGGACAUGAUCGCCGACGCGGAGAUGGGCAUGGAUGGCUGCUGCUGAUCUGCAUGCAUGCAUGCAUAGACAUCGCUCAUCGAUAGAGACGUACUCGUACGUGUAAUUAAGCAACCGAUGUGUGUUGGAAUGCAUAGUGAUUUCCUUCUUGCGCAGUUUGUAAACGAACGAAAUGGUUGACGCAUUUGACACUGGUCGAUUUCAUGUUGUCGUUCUGCUAGGAGUUUUCCGAUCCUAUAAAUAAAGAGCUGUAUUGCUUUUUUUUU